CCCGGUUCGAUGUUCCUACUUUAGGGCAGCCUCGGAUAUCUCAAUACCGCCACCCUAUUGUUGUAAAAUCGGCAUUUUUUAUGUUCGAACAAGACGUACCUUUCCAAAACCUGGAACGACAAGAUAAUACUUAAGAUCACGAAAUAGCAAGUAUAGGAAUACGACAUUAAUUGCGACAUAUUUGGGACCAUUUUCCGGAGCCUGGAUGCUUUCAUAGCUGACAUUUCAUUCGGGAUUUAGACCGAAAAUAUUUUCUUAUCUUUGAACAUUUUUACAUACAACCACCAAACCUUUAAUUCCUGCAGGAAUAGGUUUACGAAGAAACAUUGUAGCCUACCCCGUCUAAACGGCACCAGUUCUAGAACCAGAACCAGUUCCAGAACCAAUUCUAGAACCAGAACCAGUUCCAGAACCAGUUUCAGAGAUACAUCUCUUCAAUUUGGAUCAGUAAACAUGAUUGGACUGAAGUACAAUGUGUCUCUACCCAUGGCUGCAGGGGCCCUGUUAGUGGGCAUCCCCUACUCCAUCUCUCUCGUGGCCCAGUGGAUGUAUGGUUGGCCGAACAAGCCUGGCUAUAAAAAGUACAUUGAGGCGCUGAAGCCAAGGAGGAUAUACUGUCUGACUAGAGCUGUGCUGGAGAUGCUGAAAUACUUCCAGUACGGAAAACUCUACUUCCAGUGGAAGUCCUGGUACAAGCAAUGUAAUGAAAACCACAAGCAUUAUGAAAAGGGCAUCACGUUUGGUCGUCGUAGCAACCGGCUGGACUUGUACUAUUCUCCCACAGUGGCCCAGCCAGGCAGUGAGCAGGUGCCCGUGGUAGUGUUUAUAUACGGGGGAGGCUGGGGUUCAGGGGAGAGGUCCAUAUACUGUCUACUGGCCAUGCAGAUGGCUAAGGAGCUCAGCGCAACGGUGAUCUGUCCGGACUAUUGCACAUAUCCAAAGGGUAAUGUUUUGUGUAUGGUUCAAGAUAUCGCCGACUGUCUCGUUUGGGCGAGGGAGAACGGCCAUAAGUUCAACUUUGACAAAGAUAACAUUGUGUUAAUGGGCCACUCCGCUGGGGCCCACCUAGCAGCUCUAACCGUGCUGUUCAUGGUCGAGGGACGAGACGAGCUCUUUAUAGAAGCCAAGAAGCAGACAGAGAUCACCAUGGCAAUCAGAGGAGUUACAGGUUUAAGUGGAGUCUACAACAUAAUGGACCACUACGAGCAUGAACAGAUGAGAGCUGUGGAGUAUGUCUCUACGAUGCACAAAGCCAUGAAUGGACUAGAGAACUUCCCUUAUUAUUCACCCACACACCUACUGAAGGAAUUCAGCGAGGAGCAACUGAAAAGAUUGCCACCUUUCUGCUUGCUGCACGGAACGAGUGACAUCAUAGUUCCGGUGGAAUCUUCCCAGAGGUUCUCUGAGCUGCUCACCUCCCUCUCGAUCAAGGUGUCCCUGUACCUCAUGCCUAAAAUGGACCACACCGAGAUUGUCACCGAUCUCAUGGCGACAGACAGGCACUUCUACAACACAGUGUACAGCUGCAUCAAACAGGAGUACAGCAAGUUCAUAGGUCAGGUCUGUCACUGCUGAGCGUUCUUCUAGACCGGUCUUCUGCACAACAAGGAAACCAACUUAACUUCAAUACAUUAUCCAUCCAUUCAUUCAUCUUAACUUCAAUACAUUAUCCAUUCAUUCAUUCAUCUUAACUUCAAUACAUUAUCCAUUCAUUCAUUCAUCUUAACUUCAAUACAUUAUCCAUUCAUUCAUUCAUCUUAACUUCAAUACAUUAUCCAUCCAUUCAUUCAUCUUAACUUCAAUACAUUAUCCAUCCAUUAAUUCAUUCAUCUUAACUUCAAUACAUUAUCCAUCCAUUCAUUCAUCUUAACUUCAAUACAUUAUCCAUCCAUUCAUUCAUCUUAACUUCAAUACAUUAUCCAUCCAUUAAUUCAUUCAUCUUAACUUCAAUACAUUAUCCAUUCAUUCAUUCAUUCAUGAUGUGCCGCAAUUCUUCGUUUACAUCUUUUUCAGUGCAUUAUUAUGAUACCUUGAACUUACAGGAUUGAACCUUUUUGACUUAAAAACAUUUAGCAGUUUUAUCGCUCUGUUUUAAUCUCAGUAAUGAUUCCUCUUCUUCCUCUGGUGUUUUACUGUGUGAUUGAUGAUAGUUCCUGCGAUUGUAAACAGACUGAAUGAUAUUUAUGAUAGUACCCUGAUUGUAAACAGACUGAAUGAUAUUUAUGAUAGUACCCUGAUUGUAAACAGACUGAAUGAUUUGUAUGAUAAUUCCCUGAUCGUAAACAGACUGAAUGAUUUGUAUGAUAAUUCCCUGAUCGUAAACAGACUGAAUGAUAUUUUAAUAUAAUAGCUGCUGGAUCUGAUGAAGGAGAGAUACCAGGCAAACUAAACAUGCAUUUGACAUAUUUGACCUACAGUAAGUCUGGUGUAUGAGAAUAUUGGUUUAUCUAGGAUGCCUGUGAGCUAUCCUAGAGGGCCCAGUAUACAGUAAUAUCCAGACUCAGCCUUUAUAGAAAUAUCGUUAUAUGACGUAGCCAUGAUUUCCAAUGGGAGUCGUACCGUCAACGUCCACCAUCAACGUCCCAUCCAUUUUCAUGGACAGAAAAGUUUCAGAUGAGUUUAACUUUUUGAUUGGUCGAUGGAGACGUUGGCCAAUCAGACACACUCUGCACGGACCAAAAUGAAUCCCUUCUAACUCUGUUUCCGUUCUCCACGGAUCAGUUUGGCCACGCCCUUAUAUAGCCAGUAUUAUGUGUACCAUGUGGAACCCUGAAUGGCCCCCUAUUCCCUACUUGGUGCACUACAUUUGAUCAGAGUCCUAUGGGCAGUGCACUACAUAGGGAAUAGGGUACGGUUGGGACAGAGACUGAUAGCAGUUCUAUUGUAUAUUUUCUACUGAUAAUCUGCUGCAUUAAUAUGGUCAAACCAGGGCACAUCAAAUCAAAUUUAUUUAUAUAGCCCUUCGUACAUCAGCUGAUAUCUCAAAGUGCUGUACAGAAACCCAGCCUAUAACCCCAAACAGCAAGCAA